GACUAGUUUAGAGCGUACAACGAGCGCAGUGACGUCGGGCGAGAGCGCGAUCGCUCCAAGUAAAGUGCCGUUACGUUGCAUGGGAACGGAGAACGGACACGGUAUACUGAUACAGAUGUGUUACAGCGUGUGAUACAUUGAAGGAGCACAGGAAUACAUUAAUCUGAAAAUAAGAACAAAACUAAUUGAGAAAAUGUCUUCUAUUGAAAUUAACGGGAAUGGAAUUGCUAACGAGUCUGACGAAAACAAUUUAUCGUUUUAUGAAUCACAAAUAACAAAUGUCCUUGUGUUCUACGUAAACGGAAGAGAGGUGAUAGAUAGGAAUGUAGAUCCGCAAUGGACACUCUUGUGGUACCUUCGUAACAAACUUCAAUUAACUGGUACAAAACUCGGCUGCGCAGAAGGAGGCUGUGGAGCCUGUACUGUCAUGAUUUCAAAGUGUGACCGCGCUACUGGCAAAAUUAUUCAUUUGGCUGUUAACGCAUGCUUAACACCGAUAUGCGCCGUGCAUGGUCUAGCUGUAACCACCGUAGAAGGCAUCGGUAGCGCGAGGACGAAAUUGCAUCCCGUGCAGGAACGCAUCGCCAAAGCACACGGAUCACAAUGCGGAUUUUGUACACCUGGCAUAGUCAUGUCUAUGUACGCUUUGUUACGCAGCAUACCGAAACCGACCAUGGAGAAUUUAGAAAUUGCGUUUCAAGGUAAUCUGUGCAGAUGUACAGGAUACAGACCGAUUAUAGAAGGCUUCAGAACUUUUACGGAAGAAUGGGAACAAUCGCAAUUAAUGGCCGAUGUGCGGAACAAAGAGACGGAUAACACGAGAGUUUGCUCAAUGGGUGAUGCUUGCUGCAAAAGAGCUUUCACGUCGGAACCAACUGAAAUAUUUAAUUCCAAAGAAUUCUGCCCGUACGAUCCCACUCAGGAACCAAUAUUUCCACCGGUAUUGAAGCUUCAAUCCGAAUUAGAUGAACAAUAUCUGAUAAUAAAAGGUGCAGAUGUUACUUGGUACAGACCGACAAAAUUCAGAACACUGCUUAGUCUCAAGGACCAGUAUCCAAACGCCAAAAUAGUCAUUGGUAACACAGAAAUCGGAGUCGAGACGAAAUUUAAACAUUUGGUGUACCCUGUACUUAUACAACCAACGCAGAUAAAAGAACUGCAUCAAAUUGUUGAAACACCCAGGACAUUGAGAGUGGGUGCGAGCGUGACUUUGGCUGAAUUGGAGGACACAUUGAGAUAUUAUGUCAAGAGGAAGCCUGAAUACAGUACGAGGGUCUUCACGGAAAUAAUAAAUAUGUUACACUGGUUUGCUGGAAAACAGAUAAGAAAUGUUGCAGCUGUCGGCGGCAACAUAAUGACCGGAAGCCCGAUAUCGGAUUUAAAUCCGAUUUUUAUGGCUGCCGGUGUCAAAUUAAAUGUGUGCAGUUUAAAGCACGGCAGUAGGACGAUUCCAAUGGAUCAUACAUUUUUCAUCGGAUACCGACGUAAUGUCCUUUUCCCCGAGGAAGUACUAGUCUCUAUCGACAUCCCCUUUACAAAACAGACUCAAUAUUUUAUUGCCUACAAGCAAGCGAAAAGACGCGAUGAUGACAUCGCCAUAGUCAAUAUGGCUCUAAAUGUGUAUUUUGCCCCGGAUACGAGCGUAGUGCAGGAGGCGCAUAUUGCGUUUGGCGGGAUGGCACCUACCACCAUCUUAGCGAGACAGGCGUGUCAGAAAAUGAUCGGAAGAAAAUGGGAUAAAACGACUUUGGAAGAGGUUUAUGAUUCCCUACUCGAGGAAUUACCGUUAACGGACGACGCACCAGGUGGCAUGAUUAAAUAUCGCCGAUCUCUCACUCUCAGUUUGUUCUUCAAGGCAUUCGUGCAUAUUUCUAAGGCGUUAUCGAAAACUGUUGCCGACGUGGAGGCCUUGCCAAAGGAACUAGAGAGCGUGUCCGACUGCUUCCAUUACAAAGCGCCAAAGAGCUCGCAAUAUUUUCAAGUGGUGCCCAAAAAUCAAGAGAUGCAGGACUUGAUAGGACGUCCCAUCGUGCACUCUAGCGCGUUGAAGCAAGCAACGGGGGAAGCGGUGUAUUGCGACGACAUGCCGAGAUGUGCGGAGGAAUUAUACUUGGCGCUAGUCCUCUCCACUAGGGCACACGCGCGUAUUCUCCAAGUUGAUCCCACCAAGGCACUGUCCAUGAAAGGAGUUGUGUCAUUUUUCUCUUCGAAGGACAUAGCGGAAGACAGAAGGUGGGUGGGCCCCGUGUUCCACGACGAAGAGAUAUUUAUCUCAGAGGAGGUGACCAGUCAGGGUCAGGUAGUUGGUGCCAUUGUCGCUACGAAUCAGAUGACCGCUCAAACCGCAGCAAGGAUGGUUGAAAUAGAAUACGAGAACAUAGAUCCUAUUAUCAUAUCCAUUGAGGAUGCUAUCGAACACGAAUCGUUCUUCCCUGGCUGCCCAAGAACCAUCAUUAAAGGCGACGCGGAGGAAGCAUUUGCGCAAGCGAGCCAUGUUUUAGAAGGAGAAAUACGCAUGGGCGGCCAAGAACACUUUUAUUUGGAAACGCACGCUACCAUAGCGGUACCUCGUGAAGAAGAUGAGCUGGAGGUAUUUUGUUCCACGCAACAUCCCACCGAAGUACAAAAACUGAUUGCUCACGUUUUAAAUAUACACAUCAAUAGAGUUAACGUUCGCGUAAAGCGCAUAGGCGGUGGAUUCGGCGGGAAGGAGUCCCGUGCAGCAUUACUCGCAGUACCUGUAGCGUUUGCAGCACACAGGUUGCAGAAACCAGUUCGUUGCAUGCUAGACAGAGACGAAGACAUGAUGAUAAGUGGAACGCGGCAUCCCUUUUUAUUCAAAUACAAAGUUGGAUUCAACGAUGAUGGUUUGAUCGAAGCAGUAAAAAUAUACAUAUAUAAUAAUGCAGGCUACUCCCACGAUCUGUCGGCGUCAGUGUUAGAACGCGCCAUGUUCCACUGUCAAAAUUCAUAUAGAAUUCCAGUUAUAGAGAUAUAUGGAUACGUAUGCAAAACAAAUUUGCCGUCGAAUACAGCUUUCCGAGGUUUUGGUGGACCUCAAGGCAUGUUCGUGGCUGAAACUAUUAUUCGGCAAAUCGCCGAUUACUUGAAGUUGGACGUCGUCAAGUUGUCCGAACUAAAUCUGUACAGGGAAGGUGAUGUAACGCACUACAAUCAGCGACUUAUCAAUUGUACUUUAGAUCAUUGCUGGCGCCAAUGUCUAAUGUCUUCUCAAUAUAAUGAAAGAAUAGUGGAAGUCCAACGUUACAAUAGAGAGAACCGAUUUAAGAAGAAGGGUUUAGCAGUUGUACCUACCAUGUUUGGUAUAGCUUUCACCGCUUCAUUCCUGAAUCAAGCGGGUGCUUUGGUACACAUCUAUACCGAUGGCUCGGUACUGCUCAGCCACAGUGGCGUUGAAAUGGGACAAGGCUUGCAUAUAAAGAUGAUUCAAGUCGCCAGCAGAGAGCUAAAAGUAAAUCCAGACAAGAUAUACAUCACUGAAACUGCUACUGACAAAGUUCCCAAUACGUCUGCUACUGCAGCGAGUUGUGGAUCCGAUCUUAACGGCAUGGCCAUUAUGAAUGCGUGCAAGGAAAUUAUGAAACGAUUACAACCGAUAAUAGAUAGAAAUCCAGAGGGUAAAUGGGAAGAUUGGAUAAGGGAGGCAUAUUUUCAGAGGAUAAGUUUGUCCGCUACGGGCUUUUACCGAACCCCUGAAAUCGGAUACUCAUUCGAGACUAAUUCAGGAAAUCCGUUUAAUUACUUUACGUAUGGCGUUGCCUGUACCGAAGUUGAAGUCGAUUGUCUCACUGGAGACCACCAGGUCCUGCGAUCAGACAUCGUCAUGGAUUUGGGGGAGAGCUUAAAUCCAGCCAUCGAUAUAGGGCAGGUCGAAGGUGCUUUUGUCCAAGGAUACGGUUUGUUCACUCUGGAGGAAAUGGUCUAUUCACCCACAGGAAUUUUAUUCAGCAGAGGUCCUGGCGUGUACAAAUUACCGGGUUUCACAGACAUACCGCAAGAAUUUAACGUUUCCUUGUUAAAGGGAGCCUCCAAUCCAAGAGCAGUGUAUUCUUCUAAAGCCGUCGGCGAACCACCGCUGUUCCUGGCGUCAUCCGCGUUUUUCGCUAUUAAGGAGGCAAUCAAAGCUGCACGUAAAGAUAUAAACAUUCAUGGUCACUUUAGACUCGAUGCCCCUGCGACUGCUGCACGUAUACGUAAUGCGUGUGUAGAUAAUUUAACAAUGAAGAUUGAAGAGCCUGAUUUAAAGAAACAAUGGAACGUGGUGCCAUAAAUCGUAAGAUCUUUAGGCUAAUGUCUAGAAUAUUUUCUGACAGCUAUGUCUGAAAUAAAAAUAUCAGAAAGAAA